GCGAGACACCUGUGCACACCACACGCGCACCCAGCGAACGAACGACAGCAGUCAAGAGCUAGCGAGCGAGGCGGCGCCUGUAAGAAAUCGCUCGAGAUGGACGCGCCACCGCGACGAUCCUCGCUGCCGGCGGCGGCCGUGGCCCUGCUACUCCUGCUCUCCACCUUCUCAGGGGGCGAGGCGUAUGCGUACGGGGACGCGUCGGGCGCCGGCGGCAUGACGGAGCUGCAGAAGCACGCGGCGUUCUUCGACGCCAACAACGACGGCGUCGUCUCCUUCUCCGAGACAUACGACGCGUUUCGGUCCUUCGGAUUCGGGAUUGCCGCCUCCACCUUGAGCGCCACCUUCAUCAACGCCGGCCUUUGCCCCAUGACCAGACCGGAAAACGACACUUCCCGCUUAUCUGUCUACAUCGAGAACAUCCACAAGGGGAUCCAUGGGAGCGAUACAGGCGCAUACGACUCCCAAGGAAGGUUUGUUCCUGACAAGUUCGAGGAAAUAUUCAUCAAGCACGCCAACACGGUGCCCGACGCCCUGACAGCGAGCGAGGUGGACGAGCUCAUCAGCUCCAACAGGGAGCCCGGCGACUACGUAGGAUGGGCCGGCGCCUCGGCGGAGUGGAAGAUCCUGUACAGCAUCGGCAAGGACAAGGACGGGCUCCUCCGCAGGGACGCCGUCAGGGGCGUGUACGACGGCAGCCUCUUCCCCAAGGUGGUGCAGGCCAGGAGGAGCGCCCAUUAAAACCAGGCAUGACAACAGCAAUUCAGCCAAAAAUCUAGCUGGUGUGAACACUCAACACUGAGCCGGUCACUGUCUAGCUGUGCGUGUGAACGGGUGUGAACGGAACAUGCAGAUGGGACGAAUGUCCUGAGGUUAUCCGUUUGUUUGUAAUCCAAUCCAAUUGCGUA